CACAACGUCCUGUCGGGCGAGCAGAUGAACAGUUAAUUAAUUGCUCAUGCUUGCCGACACAAAAAACACGGACUCGGCUUCCCCCGCGUCUGGAGACCAGUCCACGUACACAGCGGGAAGGUGUUUUCUUGCUCCGUGCGGGUGAUACCUACUGUAGCUCUUACCUAAGUUAGAAAUGACAGAGGAUGGGCGGGAGAGGCGAGGGGCGCUUCUCUCGAUCUUCUCUCCUCUCUCCUCCGCCGGCUCAGUUACUCUCCAGAUCGCUGCUCACUCAGAAACAGACCUUAAACCCUCCGUGGAUGCUAUGGAUCGAGCAGCAGGUUGUGUCACGCGAGCAAUCUGAGGACCGUCCUUUUCUCCGCUGAGACUUUAACAGAGGGGGAGGACGAAGGGGAGACUGAGAGAGUGUGUGUGUGUGAGAGAGAGAGAGACAGAAGGGGUUAGGUUGGAGCAGGUGAUCGAGACGCAGCAACCCUCCGAGGGGCUGAUCGCUAAGAUCAGUGUGCACAGGACUCGCCUCUUCAUCAUGGUGCCAGCAAGCUGUCUUGGACCUUGUACCAUGCUGGCGCUGGCUCUCCUCCUGGGAUGUGGCGUUACUUUUGUCCUGGGACAGAACGACACGGAGCCCAUCGUCCUGGAAGGGAAGUGUUUGGUGGUUUGCGACUCGAACCCUUCUUCGGACGGCGGAGUCACCUCCUCGCUUGGGAUUUCCGUCCGGUCUGGAAGCGCCAAGGUGGCAUUUUCCGCGGUCAGAGGAACCAACCACGAACCUUCCGAAAUGAGCAAUACCACCAUGACCAUCUACUUCGACCAGGUGUUGGUUAAUAUUGGCAACCACUUCGACCUUAAAUCGAGUGUGUUCCAAGCCCCAAGGAGAGGCAUCUACAGCUUCAGCUUCCACGUGGUGAAGGUGUACAACAGACAGACUAUACAGGUAAACCUGAUGCAGAACGAAUACCCCGUCAUAUCGGCGUUCGCCGGAGACCAGGACGUGACGAGAGAAGCCGCCAGCAACGGGGUCCUCCUGCACGUGGAGCGCGAAGACCGGCUCUAUCUGAAACUGGAGAGGGGUAACCUCAUGGGGGGAUGGAAAUACUCGACUUUCUCCGGCUUCCUAGUGUUUCCUCUAUAAAAAAAAGAUAACCUAUCGGCAAGGAUAUCCGUUUCCAGUGACUCUUCUGGGAUGGAAGAACUCGAAAGUCCGCCGUUCGCGCUGAGAAAACGGCCAAGGGAAGCGGACAGACCUCCAUCUAAUUCAAAUGUUUGCGUUGACGUAUUGACGUUUCCUUGGAGCCCUCACUUCUUAAUUAGUUUCUGAUUACCGUAAUCGCUAGGAUAAACGAAUUUAUCGACCUGUGCAGUUUAUACAAGUGAAGUUCAAUUCAUUCUUGGAUUUUAUUGUUGGGGAAUCCAUUGACUUUUCUUUUUGUCCACAGACAAUUCAGUAAACUUGGGACUACUGAAUUAAUGUGAAGCUGUUCAAGCCGAAGAAUUGAAUCCCUGAACUGCGUGUCUAUCAAUGCAUUCUUUUGUGUUUGUAUAGCCUUAAAAAGAAAAAAAAAUAUGGCUUCAGUCAAGUACAGUAUGUGGAAUUUUUGACGUCCCUGUGUCAAGAAGUGCUUUAUCAACAAAAGCAAGUUUUGCACGAAUGGAAGAUUAUUUUUUUUUGUUUUGUGUUGUUUCUGGUGUUUUCUUUUGGAUGCUGAAAAUAUUGAAAAGAUGUCAACUAUAAGAAGCAUACUGUUUUAAAUGAUUGUUAAAAAUAAAACGGCGACGUAUUUCUGUAACUGGAGACAUCUUAACAUUGGACUAUUAUUUUGCGCCACAUUUGACGUAAUUGAUAAAAUCCUUGUUCACAAUAUGGUCUAUCCUACAUUCCGGACAUGCAUAGAUUAGAUAGACGGAUUUGUGCAGUGAAGUUGCUCACAGAUGUUUAAGUAUAUUGUGAAAAUGAUAGCGAACCAUCUCCAUAUAAUGGCCCUUCCAAAAUAAAGAGACUCAUCGAUGCGUUCAUAUUUUUAUUAUUCACCGCUUCGUAACCACCGUGCUAGGGUGACAUUUUAUUUAGCAGCGAAAGAAAUGCGGCUCGUUUUCUCUUUAUAACAACUUUAUCGACAAUUAUCGGUCAGUGCUGAAAAGUCGCCGGUGUCCAAAGCGCUACUGUAAAAUAAAGAAACAACCGUAGGGGCGGUGCAGGACAGGUGGGCUAUUCGCGUUGAGCCUGGGUCACGGCGGCGUUUACUCUGGGCUCUGUCCAAGGUGCUGAAGCGGAACGUCUUCAUUCGAAAGCGAUUGCCGGUGAAUUGGCCCAAACGUUACUGAAACAGGCUACGUAUUGGAAAGUAUAUUCAAGGGGACAAAAGUACUCGCCAUUAUGUGUCAAAGUUCCUGUAAUAAUUUAAGAAAAAGGCUACACAUAUUCGAUGAAAUGUGUAAACGGCCCCAUUCCACGACUGGCAGUGUGUAUGUCCUAUUAGUAUCUUUACGUGAUUAGGGAAUAGAUUUAAAAAAAAAAAAUCUAAGUGGACUGGACGUCUUCAAUAGAAUUUACUUAAAGCCAGCAAUAACUUUAGUUGCAUCGCUUCUGUCUUCGAGACAGAAAGCACUUCGCAGGAAGGCCGGAUUUAAUACUAUUUAAAAAAAUGCAAAGCGGUCUAUCUCCUGCAAUCUGUCUCCAGGAAAGUCUGCCCCUCUAAUCAGCCAUGAAAACUUGUAGCACCGGCUACCUUUGUAAAAGAAACGAAGACGGCGACGUGUCGUUUUCUUAUUUGAAUUAUUUUAUUUUUAUAAGAAGUGUAUAUAUAGAAGUUAAACUUAAUCACUACCAAACCUAAUGAAAAUGAUAUGAAAUCAUUAACAACACACAGCGCUAUUUGAAUUUUCAGAAAGUCUUAAUUGCGGGCACUGCGUGUGUUCACAAAUGGCCUUUCCUGCGUAUGCUCUGGUUAAUAAGUACUACCCGCUGUGUGUGGAUGUUACAUUCAGUCAGUUUUGUCAGCUACUCUGACCGAUUUAUUUUAAUAUUCCUGGGUGUUGUAAAUGGAGACGCAACAUAUAUUUUUUGUAUUAUGGACUUUGCAUUUUUACAAAUGAAUCCUCCUUUAGGAAAUUGUAGAGGAAGGCAGAAAAGUCUUUUAUCCUCUUAAGCUUUUUCAAAUUCAUUAUUGCGUUCACUCAUUACAGGUGUUUGAGUUGGAUAGUACUCGAAAGCAGGUGACAAAACGAUAUUAAUGCAAAAUCUGAGAACACAGGCAAAAGAAAAUGUAUUUAAAACAAGCCUGAUUUAUUUAUUUAGUAACAUUCACAUUUCUCAACUGAUGUCUUUUUUCUGGUGUAAAAAACCUGUUUUGUCCAUCAAACAGUUGUAUUUAGCAGUACUACUAUGAAAAGAAAGUGACAUUAGAUUGAAAUAUAUAAAGUGAAAAAAUCAAAAUGAGACUAUAAAUUGGAACUGUAAUCACAAUAAUGUGGAUUGUAGUAGAAAAAAUUCCCAAUUAAAAAACAGAAAACAAAAGCUUUGCAUAUGCUCUGCAUAAAAUUCAAAUGAACCUUAUAUGAAAAUAUUUGUGUUUUAAUUUGUGCUUUCAUUCACUUUAAAUAGGUAAUAGUUUUAUAUAGCAAACAAAUAUUGUUUGCUGAUAUAUUAUUUUCCACAGUGUAAUAAAUGUGACCCAGUUGCCCGAUUCAGAGACUGUAAGUGAGAACAGAGAACUGGUUAUUCAGUUGGCCAUACUAAGAAAGCCAAUUUCCAAUUUCCAGCUGUCUUCUUAAUUACAACCUACGUUAAAUUGCAAAAGUGAUCUAAGAAGUAGACACACACACACGGCACUUCUUGGGCUUCAUAUACAUUUAGAUUUAAUUGAUUGGGUGUGUGUAUUUGUCCAUUAUUAGUUCACUUUUUUGUGUGUUGGCCCUCGGUACAUUUAACUAGCUCUCUCUCAGUAAAUGAUGCCGAUUUCUCAAACCGCUAAGGCUCAGUUUGUCUGCCUGGAUCUUGAACGAUGUUUCCGUGGGGAUUUUGUGUGCGGGGCCUUGAUUUUUGGUAAGGGCCCAGGUCAUGCCCAGAAUGCCAUUCCAAGACUCGUUCCCACUUUGUCUUGCAUGGACCAUGUUGAGGCGUGGGAGUGCUUUCUGUAAGGAAAUACUGAUGUGCUUGGACCUAUGGCCGGUGGCGCGGCCUCGCAGACGCUCUUCCUGGAGAAUACCGAACAGAAUAUCGGAGACGGAAUUACGGGCUCUUCGAAGACGCCCACGGGCCCAGAUCCAGGGCUCUGAACCACACAGGAGAGAGAAGUCAAGUACCUGCGCUCUUCCACGGACCUGUGGGGUAUCCAGGCCUGAGCCUGGCUGCUCUUGUGCGGGUGUCUUUCCACUGACCCCUGCGGCGGAAACUCUCUCCCUCUCCUCCCCCAGCAAAUGAACUCUUCAGGACCCUGUUGGCUGCUAUACAAGUAUGAUGCUGCGCUGGGCAACUCCCUAAUAUAUUCUCCCUCAUUUCUUGCCAGUGUUAUAUGUGGAUUCAGAAUAAACGUGUUCUCUCUGA